UCCAAUGGAGCCUGAGAUUUGUGAUUUACGCUUUGUGGAAGUGUAUUACGCUAAUUUGUGAAAUUGUGAUUGAGAUUUUUUACUAACCACCGCUGUUUAAUUUAAAUUGAUCUAUUGUUUUUGCUACCCUAGAGGUGUUCAAACUGUGCAAAUUCCCUCACCUUGAGUUUACACAACUGUGAAGAAUUUUAGGUUAUGUUAAACUACCUCAUGCCCUUUAUUUUAUAACAUUUAAAACCAAUAAUGUCAGAAAACAGCAAUUCGACUUCUAUUAUGUCAGAAGUCACAACUUUGAUUAGGAAUUGGGAAGAUGAGCAUACAGAGCCUAAUUAUGACCCCAUUCCGACUCUCACCAGAUUGGCCGAAAUAUGCGAAGUGGAGACUGAAAAUUACUUGAAAAUGGAUCCAGAUCCAUUUGAUGAACGUCAUCCUUCAAGGACUGACCCAGACUGCAAACUUGGCCAAAUAUUGAAAGCACUUUUCAGAAAGGACAAUUUUAUGAACAAACUUGUUAAUGAUUACUUGAGAGAGACAUAUUACUCUAGGUCGGGAAUUACAGACAAGGAUGUUGAUCAGUUGAAUAUUGCAGCAUGUAGGUUGAUGCUAGACGUGAUGCCUGGCUUAGAGACAUCAGUAGUUUUUCAACCUGACAUGGAUAAUUUGAUACACCGUUUAAUUAAAUGGACUACAAAUUCAAUAGAACCUUUGCAAAGUUACGCAACAGGACUUUUAGCUGCUGCAAUGGAAAUUCCAGAGAUUGCUACACGUUUUAGGGAACAAAACGGACGACUUGUGCCUUUACUACUUCAAAGACUGCGUAGGCUUCAAAAUUCGUCAGAAUUUUUAAAUACGACAAAUUCUCGACCGUUUGCACACUUAUCGUCAAUGAAGUCGCCUCCAUAUCGGGGGGACGGUGUCAUAAAAGUUUCUCCUUCUGGUAUUAAAAGGCGUACGUAACUAUCCCAAACUUUAUUUUGUUUUACAAUUAUUUUUACAGCUCGUGAAAAUGGAGUUAUUCCAAAUUCAAAAACAACACUCAAUAAAGAAAAUACUGACGUAAUAAACACGGCUAGGAAUGAAGCCAGUGAGGUAAGUGUUUCUUUUCCUUUCAGUAAUAUCUUUUCACAUUUAACUCAGUUGUCAGAUUCGGAAACUGGUCAGAAAAGAAAAAGGUUAAAAUUAGGUCACAAUUCAACCGAAAGUGAUGAAGGCACUCCUCAAAAGGUCCUUCUGUUUAAUGAAACGAGCAAUUCAUCGUGGGCAGAACUCGAAAGUUUUAUGAUUGGGACUGUGCAAAUUUUUCCUCCAACUAUAGCGACGCGGCAAAUAUUAAUUUUGCGGUAUUUGACGCCGUUGGGCGAAUAUCAGGAGUUUUUAAGUCAUGUUUUUGAAAAUGAGGCUCUUAGUUUGGUUUUAAAAUAUGUAAAUGUCAGAGCGACCAAAGAGGCGAGACUAGCUUUUGAAGCCUUAAAAUAUCUUUCUGCUCUUUUAUGCCACAAAAAAUUCUCAAUUGAGUUUAUUCAAAUGGAUGGACUUCAGUCACUUUUGGAGGUUCCAAGGCCGUCUAUAUCUGCUACUGGCGUUUCUAUAUGUUUGUAUUAUUUAGGAUAUUGUGAAGAGGCAAUGGAGAGAGUUUGCUUGCUUCCUAAAUACUUAAUCACCAGUUUAGUCAAGUACGCUCUGUGGCUUUUGGAAUGCUCGCAUGACUCAGGACGGUGUCAUGCGAUUAUGUUUUUCGGUCUCACGUUUCAGUUCAAAGUUAUUUUGGAGGAAUUUGAUGCUCAUGAUGGGUUAAGAAAAUUACACAAUGUGAUUUCUACAUUAUCGAUUUUGCUUCCGGAUACAGACACAACUCAGCUAAAUGAAGAUCAGGAAUGCGCCGCUCGGCAAAUCGUUAGACAUGUUUGCGUCGCAUACCGUCGAUAUCUCGAAGCUCACCUUAACCUGAAAGUCGAACCAAUCAAAAGAUCGCAACUCAGACUUAACGAAAAGUCGGCUCAGCCGGCUUUGCCUGCGCAACUGAGUUGCAAACCGUACAAGUCAUCACCUGAAGAAGUCCAACAGAACGUCGAAACAUUGUUGCAAUAUAUGCCGUUUCGAGGACAUUGGAUUCCGGUCGAUCAGUUACUAAAAUUGGGAGGAAUUACACUGUUGUUAAAAAUAAUUGCGUUUGCUUAUGAGUGGAAUUAUAGCGGAAGAGCGGAGACAGUUAGAUCGGCUUUGGAUACGUUGGCGAUUGCCUGUGUUAUGCCCAAAGUUCAGUUGUUGUUUUGUGAUAGGGUGGAGUUGCCGGAAGAAAGUGCCACAGUUGGUAUGAAUAUUAUUUUGGGGGCGGCUGAAGGAGAAAUAGUCGCAGACGCUGAUGUACAAAAAGCUGCACUUCGAGUAAUUGUCAAUUGUGUUUGUGCUCCCAUAAAUAGGGUUGGUGGCACUUUAACCCGAUAUUCGGCGACGGUAAAUACUCCCGUUAAAAAAAUGAAAUUCAAAAGUAGCGAGGAAUUGAUUCAAAAAGUUUGGGAUUGUGUUAGGUCGAAUAGUGGGAUAAUGGUUUUGUUGCAACUAAUGAAUAUUAAAACACCAAUCACUGAUGCGGAUUGUAUACGUACUUUAGCUUGUAAAGCAUUGGCCGGCUUAGCACGGUCUGAGACUGUACGCCAAAUCGUUUCAAAAUUGCCACUGUUUACAAGUGGGCAACUCCAGAAUUUAAUGAGGGAUCCAAUUUUACAAGAAAAACGACAAGAACAUGUUACUUUUCAAAAAUAUGCUCUUGAACUUUUGGAACGACUUUCAGGAAAAACAAAACAUCGAGGAAACGAUUUAGAAGUGUCUUUGGCCAACAUUCACAGAGCUAACGUUGUAGCCCAAACUAAAAUUCAAUUUAAUGAUCGGCAGUUGUUACAACUGAUUCACCAGCAUCUAAUCACUAAGGGUUUUCCAGACACGGCCUCUAUAUUAGUAAAAGAAGCAAAUUUGGGAAAUUCUGUGACUCCAAUUUCAUCAAAUCAACCAACCAAAUUCCGAUACUCGUCCACUCUAACACCAUCUAGACUUAAAUUAAAUUUCACGACAACACAGCAUCGCACUAUUCCGCAUUCACCAGUUGUCCAAAAGGAAGAAACGUCAUUUAUUAAUGGAUCUAACUGUACCUCUCCCGCUAUUAAAUUAAUUAAAAAACACCAAAAUCAAAUUGUCGCGACGCCGGUACAAAACUCAAGACUGCAAAAACAAACGAAUAGCGAUGUUGUGGUUAGAGUACCGAGUCAGACCUUACUCGACGAACCGCUGACUUCACCCGAACAGCCUCGAGUCACACUCGACUCGAUCAUAACCGAGUAUUUGACCAAUCAGCAUGCGUUAUGUAAAAAUCCCAUGGCCAACUGUCCCAAAUUCAACCUCUUUAUUCCACAUAAAUGCCCAGACCCCAAACCAAAGAUAGCAACAGCCAAUAAUUUUGUUGUGAGAUGUGCGAGACGAGCUAUUGGUUAUCAGUCCAAAUCUAUGGACCGUAAAUUUAUUCAUUCGAGAUUUUGUCCAGUCCAAACCAUUCGUUCUUCGUCGGAUGGCGAUUUCUUCACUUGUGCGAAAUUCCUACCGGGCGAUAAAAGCAUAAUCGUGGGUGACUACAGUGGUGAUAUACGAAUUUUCAAUUUGCAUAGCGGAAAUGAAGAAUUUAUGUUUCAAACUCACGAUAACUACAUCGUUCAUUUGGAACCUAACCGAAGUGGCGAGUUUUUGUUGACAAGUUCAACUUGGGGGCGGCCUCUAUCCGCUCUCUGGGCCAUAAAGAAUUCCGAGAUGAAGUUUGCGUUAGAUGAUGAAGAACAUGUAGAGUUUAGUAAAGUAACGCAGGACCGCAUUGUGGCCACUAAACUUGAAGUUGCGACGAUUUAUGAUGCCGCCACUGGCCAAUCUAUUACGAGAUUAGUUCCUACUGAUAGUAACCAAUAUACUAGAAAUAAAGCCACUUUUAGCCCUUUUGAUGAUUUGGUUUUAUCCGAUGGGGUGCUUUUUGAUGUCAACUCGGGUAAACAGAUUCAUAAGUUGGAUAAGUUGAAUCAGACCCAAAGUGGUGUGUUUCACCCUAACGGAUUAGAGAUUGUAUCAAAUACUGAAGUUUGGGAUGUCCGAACUUUUCAUUUAUUGAAAACAGUGCCAGUUUUGAAUCAGCGUACUGCAGUUUUUUCACCUGUCAAUAGUGCGAUUUACGCAAUUUCAAUGGAACAGGAGUUGGAUAACGGUGAUUCUACUUUCGAUUCGAGUUUUAAAACAGUUGAUGCGAUUGAUUAUUCGAGUAUUGCGACUAUUGAGGUUAAAAAAAAUAUCUACGAUCUGGCGGUCAACCGUUUUGAUACGCAAAUUGUGAUUGUGGAAAAUCAGGGAAUUUAUCAGUCGGUUCAAGAGUCUGUAGUGAGAAUAUACGAUGUCGGCAGAAAGAGAGACGAUGAGGAUGAACAAGAUGAGGAAGAUGAGGAAGAAGAAGAUGACGAUAUGGACGGGAGCGACGACGACGGUUCCGACAAUGAUGUUGAUGAUUUUCUAGAUCGACUGGUGCUCAACGUAGGCGGAAAUAAUGAUAACAACGAUAAUAACGGCAACAAUGAUGAUGACAAUGAUGAAGAUGAUAAUUUCUUCGAUAGUGAAUCUGAUAGUUGGACGAGUACAUCGACUGGGUCUGAUGAUUCGUUCACGGAUGAUAUGUUCGAUUUUUGAGCAAAAAAAUUAAAAUAAGGUUUAAAUGUGAUAGAAAUUCGAAAAUAGUUAAUUGAAUGAGUGAGAGUGUGUCGAGUUUUCCUUUUAGCAGAAAAAAUGCAUUUUUAUGUUUUCCAGCACUGCAAUUAGAAAGAAUGAUAUUUUAUGCGAGUGUGUUUUUUUAAGGUGAAAUAAGUUGCAAGUAUAUUGACAUUGUGUAUUAUAUUUCAUAAAUAAAUGAGAUUUCAAGAAAAA